AUGACCAGAGCGGCAUGGCCACGAUCACGGCCGUCAGCGUUUCUUCUUCUGCCAUUUCUUUUAUCAGUCGGUAACUGUUACUACACCAGCAAGCCCGCUCCUUCUCCAACACCAGCAUUGUACACUGGGCAAUGGGGUGAAUGUGCCGAUGAAAAUGUCCUCAGUGUCGAGAGGUUUGGGGCUUCCUAUGACUCGGUCAACAAGACUUUGUCUUUCGGCUUCGAGGGGUCACCUGGGGUAGAAAAGAAUACCUCUGUGUUAUUACAAUUCUCCCUAGAAGCUUAUGGCACAAACCGCAUCAACCUCACCAUCGACCCAUGUAGCUACAACGUCACAAGUCUCUGCCCCCUCAACCCCAAACUCCCCAUAGCCGCCGCCGCCCUCCUCCCUGUCAGCUCCCAAACCAUCGGCGACCUCCCCUCCAGCGACCUCACCUAUCCCAAUUUCGAAGGCUCCUUAACUCUCCGAGUUUACACGAAGAAAACGAAGUCCGAGCUCAGCUGUUACAGAGCGACUAUCACUAACGGCCGGUCCUUCUCCCACCCCGAAAUCAUUGCCCCUAUCCUCGCCGCCUUCACUGUCGCGGCAAUUCUCUCCUCAUUCUUCUCCGCUGCAUACGGGGUCAGUAUUCCGCACAUGCGGGAUGCCGCAGCCGAGGUUGUGAGGCUAGGCGGGGGGCAGGUGGUGAGAAUUUUGGCUAGGGGAGAGGCCGGAACGGUCACCGAAGAGGAGGAGGUCGAACCCUACGUCUACAAUUACACCUAUUCUGCAGGGCACAUCGUCCCCGGCGUGCCGUUACCUGCGACGAGGAUGGGGUUCGCCGCGACGCUGGCAGAGCAUCGUGUUCCUGUCGCAGACGUGUUCAUACUGAGCUUAAUCUGGUUUUUGGUGGCUGUCGGUGCGGUGAUUAUGGCAAUUGGUGGCCUCAAGGUCUUUCUGGAAGGACUGGGAAAGGCAAAGAAGAUUAAGGAGGAUCGGUUGGCGUACUUUAGGAGUCAUUGGCUGGGGUAUCUGGGUCAUGCGUUGAUGAGGACGCUGGUGGCUGCGUUCUUUGUGGUGUUGACGCUGGCGAUGUACCAGUUUACGAUGAGGAUCUCGACGGGAGCGGUUGCGGUUGCGGCGGUCAUGUUUAUUGUUAUGGUGUGUGUUUUGAGUUUGCCAGUUGCUUUUGUGUGCUUGCUUCGCGUGAGGGGAGGGAAGAUUGUUGUGGGCAAGGACAAGGUCGUCUUUUACUACGCCUGUGUUCUCCAGGUGCUCCCUUGGGUCUUUUGCAUCAGAGAGAGCACGAUCAAGCAGCACGCUCUGGAGGUUCGCCAACUCUUCAGCAUCCCCUUUUUCCGAGUCCAGCACAUCGAUAGCAAACCUGAGCGCCUGACGGUCCACACGGACCAAACCUUGAUCAAACGCUUCGGCUGGAUCACGGCAAGAUAUCGUCGCAGCCGGUGGUGGUAUUUGGUCCUCCAUAUUGCCUACCAAUUCUGUCGCGCAGCCUUCCUGGGAGGAGGCUGGCAAAACCCUCACGCGCAGAUCUACGGUCUUCUGGUCAUCGACUGUCUGGCCUUCGCCACCGGCGUCUUCUUGAGACCCUUCGAAAGCACACGAAACAACGUCAUGGCCGUCUGGGUCCUCGGACUCAACAAGAUCAUCACGACUGCCAUCUCCAUCCGCUUCUUACCCGGGAACAACCUCGACCGCAAAGCCGCUGCUCGUCUCGGCUUAGCAAUCAUCAUCAUCCAGGCCUUAACAGUCGUCACCUUACUGAUCCUAAUAGUCCUCAGCUGCCUCUCAACCUGGCUCUCUCUCAUGCGCAACCGCGAAGAAAUGGACCCCGACUGGCUCGAGCCGACCCGCGCACGCUACUUCUACGACAUCGAGGAGAAGGCCCAGGACAGCUCCGAACCCUGGAAACGCCCCGGAGUAAAGUGCCUCAACCCCAAGGAACCCACUCCCCCACCAACCCCGCGCUUCUCAGUCAACAUGGUUCGCCGCAACCCCAAAAUUGAGGACGAAGACGAGGACGCUCCCCCCAGCCCUUCAAAAUUGGUCAUAAACCGCACCGACGAUGCCUGCUCAAACACAGAAGAAGGAGACCACCUCGACCCCGAUAACGACCUUCCUACCGGCGCCCGCUCCGGCCGCCACAGUCGUACAAGCAGCGUGCACUCCCGCUACAGCGUCGGCUCACUCCCUCGGGGCGCUCGCCCUUACCGCGCAUCAUGGUCGUCAAGGGACUUUGGAGAUCCGGCGGCGCAAAGGCCGGAUAGCACGCUCGCUCAGAGGUUGAGUGGGCUGACGUUUAUCAUCGAUCAUAUCAGCGACGGGGAUGGGGCUGCGCCAAAUGCGGGUGCGUCGUUGGCAACGUUGACGAUGACGAGUGGGGGAAAUAGUGCGCUGAGUUUGAAUACUAAUACACCGUCGGUUUCGAGGGCGUCAACGCCGAGUUUGGGGCGGUCGAGUCGGGAGUUUAACGGAAGAUCCUCCAGAGAGUUUAGCUUCAGGGAGCUGUUCCAUUCUGAUGCUGGGAGGAGAUCGUCAAGAGAAUUUAGGGAGUCCAGAGAGUCCAGGGAGUCCAGGGAGAUGCAUUCUGAUGCGAAUGCGGGGAGAAGGCCGCCUACGGCAUUGCCUGAGGCGCCGGAGCCUCCGGAGGAUCAGUAG